AGGUUGAGUUCAGUUGAGCGAGUGACGCUUCCAAGAGUAGAAGCGAAUUUCUGGAUUUGACUUCCUCCUGAAGUGCUGAAAACCAGUCUAAUUAAAAUCUAAUCAAAUUAACGAAGAGCACAAUCAAUAAUGGAAGCUAACGGCAGCGAUGACGGCGAUUCUUGUUUGUACAAGUUUGAUGGGCUGGAUCAGUUGCUGGAGCAAAUUUCACGGGACGAGCUCAACGAAAAUGAUCACGUGCGGCGAGAAUCUUUGAGACAGAUGCGUGAUUGGAUUGUUCAAAACCCACGGAUCAAAAACUGCCGUACGGAUGAUUCAUUCCUGUUACGGUUCUUGAGGGUUCGGAAGUUCUCGAUACCCAGGGCCUGUGAGUCCCUGGAAAAGUAUCUCACCAUGAGACAGACCUAUAAGAAGUGGUGCCACAAUCUGGAUCCCCUAGCUAGAGAUCUUAAAGAUGCCCUCAAUUACUGUUCCCUGCUUCCGAUCGGAAGGGAUAAAGGAGGUCGAAUCGUGGUCCUGGGGAUCGUCAAAAACUUCAACACCCAACAGUACAAUUCCGAUACCAUGAUCCGACUGCAGAUGCUAGUAAACGAAGUGCUCUUCGAAGACCAAGCCAAUCAGAUAGCCGGUUUCACGCACAUUUUCGAUAACAGCGAUAUGACGAUGUCGCACGUCACCUGCUGGACCCUGGAGAAUCUGAGCAACUAUUUGCGCAGUGUCAUCAACGGCGUCCCAAUAAGGCUCAAGGAGAAUCACUUCUGCAAUGUGCCCAGCUUUGCGGCGCAAAUUCGGAAGUUCUGUCUCUCUUUUGCCAGUGAGAAGCUCAAAUCGAGAAUUCAUUGCCAUCGAAAUCUGGAGGAGUUGCGGCAAUCCAUUGACGUCAGUGUUCUACCCCAGGAGUACGGAGGAAAGCUUUCGGUUGAGAAGUUGAAUGAGCGCUUCCGAGAGUACGUCGUCAGUAAACGGGAGAUGCUGCUGGCGCUGGACCAGAUGCAGAUCGAGCUUGGUGAUAAAGUUGAGACGGUGCACGGUAGCGUCGAUAUUAUUGAUGCCGGGGCAGUCGGAAGCUUUCGAAAGCUACAAAUCGAUUAGCCGGAGCGGUUUAGAUUGGUUUUCUGUGAUAUGCUGUAAUUUGUUUUUGUUUGUCGUGGAAUGGUAAAAUUGUUUCUGUAUUAAAAAUUAUUCUAAAAUAGCAUGUUGUUAUUUUUAUCGAUCUUGAAUAUGUUUCUAUUAGGGAAGAGGCCCCUAAGACAAC